GUUCUCUGUGCGAGUAAAGGAUAUUCCGUCGAUGCGAAGCCGUGGAGGAUACUAGACGAGACUCGGUUGCAGAUUACGGCUAUGCAGAUUGAUGUCGUGGCGGAGGUCUGGGAGGCAUUCGAUGCGAUGAGUGUGCCUCGAACAAAGUCCUACCCGACGUAUAAGCUGAAGACCCCCAGUGAGAAGUAUGCGAUCGGAGGGCAGACGGUGUUGGAAGCUUCCCAUGAACUGGCAGGGAUCGAACCAAGAUCGGGAUAUGGUGACGAGGUGGAAAUUUACCGCCAAGAGGACUGGCAUCGCAACCAGGGCAUGAUGAGUCGCUUCAACCGCCGGAGACUGAUCCGCACUGAAAACGGACUCGUCGGCUUGGCUCCGGCUGAAGCUAUCGAAGGUGACAAGGUCUGGCUGGUUCAUGGUGCGAACAUGUUCUAUAUCUUCAGGCCUGUUGCGGACGACGGAAGUCAUGUGCUUAUCGGUGAGGUUUACCUCCAAGGUCUCAUGAACGGGGAGGCACGGGAGUUUUCAGGCGGCACUGGAAAGCAAACUGUCAUUGCACUCGUUUAGGGUAUAACAUCUAUCAUGAAAAAGGACCGGCCCGAUAUCUACAAACUUUUCCCGUUUCCGCAUUAGACGUGCCGCAGUAACAAGA